AUGUUCUUCCUAUCCUUUAUCAUUAUCAGCUUGGCUCCAGCUCUGUUCAAUGCUGCGCCAAUUUCACCCCUCCCCCCAGAAACCCCAGUCAACAACCCCCCGACUGUUCAUUUCUGGAUUACAACCGAAAUAUUGAAUGUUGACUGGACCCCGAAAUGUCUUACGACCGCAUACUGCGACGAACCAGAGCUGAAGAUAACCCAAACAAAUACGUGGAACGGCGAGAAAAGCUCAUUUAGCUGGGUGCUGAAUGAAAAUUUUGAACAGUCUAUCGAAAUCGCUUUGGAGGUUGCUGGCACUGACCCGAAGUAUCACUUCCAGCGUAUCUGUGAUCAGUCUUCAGCUACAAAACCUUUUGCAUCAGAUGUACAGGUACAAAAUUCUGGAGAAAUUAAUUCAACAAACGCUGAGAACUCGAAGGGCCGAAUGAUCGUGGAAUUGCGAGGUCGCUGUUUCGAUGCUUCAUUAACGGUCCAGGAACACAUCGGUCGCUGCCCGUGGUGCAUCGAGCUGGAAAAAACAACUCAUCCUUCUACUACAAAGGUAUCCGACAGCAUCAGCCAAGAAAUUAACGAACAACUUCUACUUCUAUGCGCGCUUUUGGGAGCAAUUCUAUUAUGUACUUGUAUUACACUGUUAGGAUUUUGUAUUUGGAAAUGCAAAUCAAAGCAAAAGAAGCCAAAAGCGAAAUCGCCGACUGUUAUUGUUCAUUCACCAAGUUGGGACCAUGAUCAUUUCGUGUAA